GCAACUUCUCCUGCCGCCGGGAGCAGCCCGCCUGCCUCUGCGCCCGCAGCCUCCCCCGCUGCCUCCCUGAGGGCUCCCGUCCGGCCGCCAGCGCCCAUCUUUCAUUCCCGAGAUUGAGAUAUUUCGCGCACACACACAUACACACACGCGCAAAAAGGAAAAAAAAGCCCACCCUCCAGCCUCGUUGCAAAGAGAAAGCCGGAGCAGCCGCAGCUCGCAGCCCGCAGCCCGCAGAGGACGCCCAGAGCGGCGAGCCGGCGAGCAGACAGACCGACGGACUCGCGCCGCGUCCACCUGUCUGCCGCGCCCGGCCCAGCGCGCAGCGGGCACGCCGCGCGCGCGGAGCAGCCGUGCCCGCCGCCCGGGCCCCGCGCCAGGGCGCACACGCUCCGGCCCCCCCCACCCCCCCGGCCCGGGCGGGAGUUUGCACCUCUCUCUGCCCGGGUACACGGGCCGCCGCUGCAAAGCCAACUUGGAAAAAAGUUUUUUGGGGGAGACUUUGGCUUUGAGGUGCCCAGCUCUGGGCUUUCCGACUUCGGGGGCAUUUCCAGAAAAUGUUGCAAAAAAGCUAAGCCGGCAGGCAGAGGAAAACGCCUUUAGCCGGCGAGUGAAGACGAACCAUCGACUGCCGUGUUCUUUUUCCUCUUGGAGGUUGGAGUCCCCUGGGCGCCCCCACACGGCUAGACGCCUCGGCUGGUUCGCGACGCAGCCCCCCGGCCGUGGAUGCUCGCUCGGGCUCGGGAUCCGCCCAGGUAGCGGCCUCAGACCCUCGUCCCGCGCCCAGGCCCUCCCUAGCCCCCCAACGACGGAGCCGGGGCCGGGGGCGGCGGCGCCCGGGGGCCAUGCGGGUGAGCCGCGGAGGCGGCUGCAGCGGCCAGAGAGCCUGAUCGCCGCAGACCCGAGCCUAGCCCACCUCCCUCCCCAGCCCCCGCCCCCCGCCCUGGCCGCGGGGGCGGCGCGCUCGGUCCACGCGUCCGGGGCCCCGCGGGGCCGGGCCCGGAGUCGGCAUGAAUCGUUGCUGGGCGCUCUUCCUGUCUCUCUGCUGCUACCUGCGUCUGGUCAGCGCCGAGGGGGACCCCAUUCCUGAGGAACUCUACGAGAUGCUGAGCGACCACUCGAUCCGCUCCUUCGAUGACCUCCAGCGCCUGCUGCACGGAGACUCCGUAGAUGAAGACGGGGCCGAGCUGGACCUGAAUCUGACGCGGUCCCAUGCUGGAGGCGAGCCGGACAGCUUAUCCCGCGGGAGAAGGAGCCUAGGUUCCCUGGCCGUUGCCGAGCCAGCCAUGAUCGCCGAGUGCAAGACUCGCACCGAGGUGUUCGAGAUCUCCCGGCGCCUCAUCGACCGCACCAACGCCAACUUCCUGGUGUGGCCGCCCUGCGUGGAGGUCCAGCGCUGCUCCGGCUGCUGCAACAACCGCCACGUGCAGUGCCGGCCCACCCAGGUGCAGCUGCGGCCCGUGCAGGUGAGAAAGAUUGAGAUCGUGCGGAAGAAGCCGACCUUCAAGAAGGCCACAGUGACCUUGGAAGACCACCUGGCCUGCAAGUGUGAGACGGUGGGGGCCGCACGACCCGUGACCCGAAACCCCGGGAGUUCCCAGGAGCAGCGAGCAGCCAAGACGCCUCAAACUCGGGUGACCAUUCGGACGGUGCGCGUCCGCCGGCCCCCCAAGGGGAAGCACCGGAAGUUCAAGCACACGCAUGACAAGAAGGCACUGAAGGAGACCCUCGGAGCCUAGGGGCAUCUGCAGAGAGUGGGCAGGGUUAUUUAAUAUGGUAUUUGCGGUAUCGCCCCCAUGGGGUCCUUGGAGUCAUAAUAUUGUCCCCUCGUCCGUCUGUCUCGAUGCCUGAUUCGGACGGCCAAUGGUGCUUCCCCCACCCCUCCGCGUCCGUCCACCCGUCCGCCAGCGGGGCUCCCCUCGGCCGCCUCCAGCGUCUGGCCCCGAAGCUCGAGAAGGAAACGAAGGACCUGGACUCUGCCGCUGGCUUCCUCUCCUGCCCCGAGGACCUCGGAAGAGGGUGCAAGAGAGACAGGCGUGGCCACCGUCUGGGGACAGGGGCUCUCUUCCCGCGCGGUGGGUCAGCCCGAAGCCCUGCGCGUGGCCCUGAGGAUCUCUGGGCGCGGCCUCCGCUGCCCGGUCCCCCGGCCGGCUCUGAAGGCAACACCCCCAGGCAGGCCGGGUACCUCGUCCUCCUGUGGUUGGGACCACGUGGCGGAGCACAGACUGGGGAAGCCUCCUGCAGUGCCCACGCCCAUCCCCUCUGCCGGGUCCCCUCUGCCGCAGGGGCUCCCUUUCCUUUCAUACGUAUGACAUCUUUGAAGAUGUGGACUCCUCCGGGCGGCCGUGGCCAGAGCGCCAGGCGGCCGCGCACCCUCUCAGAUGGGUAAGAGUUGAAGUUUGCUCUGGAAGUGGAUGUAGAUGGUGACCUGGGCAUCCACCGCCUCCUUCCACUCCCCUUCACUUCCUCCUCUGUUUCAUCUCUCUACCUCUACCCUGCAUCUUCCUCUUGGCCCUCAGUCUGCUCCACCAAGGGGCUCUUGGACCCCUCAUUGAGGCCCCACAUAACCCCAGUCACUGCUCCAUAAGGCAGAAGAUGAGGGGCCAGGGCAGCAGGGGGCCUGCCCAUCAUAUCUCAGCCCAGCCAAGACUGCCAUGUAAGGUUGUGCAGGGUGUGCACUGCACAAUGGCACUGCAUGCAGGGAUCACGGUUCACACCAUAAACACGGCCAAUGUGUAUAUUUAUUAUGACAGUUUUCCGGCAGAUGGAGGUCAGAUGUCUCAAGGAAAGGAAUCCUUUCCCUGAUUGACACAAAAAGACUCUGUGUGGACUGCUGUGCCCCGACCCAGCCCAGGGCUUGGAGUGGUCGGACGGGAGUGAGCCCGUGUUGGCGGGGAGGCACGCUGUUGUGCAUCCGGCCUCCAUCUCCCCGAGUCCUCAGCUCAAACAGUCCUCCUUCCAGGCAGGUUUGAAAAACCCAAGAGGACGUCUCCAAGGGAUGGGGCGGUUCCUGUUCCCCCGCCCGCUCCCCCAUCUUAGAUCCUUUGAGCUCCGCCUCUGGCGGCUCCUCCCCGGAAACCAGCUCCUGGGCUGGGAGUGGGGGAGCAAAGGGAGAAGAUCCGGGGGCCCCAGGGGUGGGGUCUGAGCUCCGCCUCCCUUCCCCCCUCCCGCUGCACUCGCCCCUCCCCCCUCCCAAAUCUGCUUCCUUCAGUUUGAAAAGUCGGUGAUUAUAUUUUUGGGGGCUUUCCUUUUAUUUUUUAAAUGUAAAAUUUAUUUAUAUUCCGUAUUUAAAGUUGUAAAAAAAAUAAUCACAAAACAGCCAAAUGAAUCCCCAGAGG